AUGGAUUUGGAAUCUUCGUAUCCACAGCAAUCAACGAGACUAGGCGGCCCAUUAUUGUCGCAUGUCUCCGAACGUACAUUUGACGUUCCCAUGCCCAGUCAACCGAGGGAAAAAGAAGUUCAUACGUUAUUCAAUGUAACGACACCUGCGCAUUUCCACGAGUCCGGAUCAGCUACCCCAUAUCCCGUGGACUUGAUUUCACGUCCUCGAAAGCGUGGGCGACCGCUGGGAAGCAAGAGUAAAUCCAGAGCAGUGGGAGAAGACACAGAUUCUUCUGCUCAUCGCCGCCCCGUAGGCAGGCCGAAAGGUUCUGGCACAAAAGCACAACAAACACCUGUUGUAAAGAAAGCUGUUGGGCGGCCACGGAAAAGUAAGCCUCAGAUUUCAAUAGAAUUCGGCCGUGUGACCAUUCCAGGCACUUUUCAGCCUUCACGCCCGCCAUCGGGACUUCCUUUUCCUCUUCAUCGAGGAAAUUCAAUGCCAAAUUUGUCCGGUGGAUCACCUCUCGUAUCGGUGGACCCAUCAACUCGCCAAACACUCCCCAACCCUCUUUUCGCUCAAAAUCCUGUGCUACCAAAUGUCUCCGAACCCACAUCGUUGUCAACAAUUGAAAUUAUUCCGGAUGAAGAUCCCCAGAGACCGGUUGAACUAGCCGAUGAAGACCAGGACGAAGAUGAAGAAACUGGAAUGUCGGGCGAGGGAAUUGGUGUAGAUGUUGGGUUUGAGGAGAAUCAGGAUGAAAAGGGUGAUGAGCUGGAUCCAGUUGAUGAGAAUGUUGAGGACAGUGAGUACCAAGAAAAUACAGGUAGGCGCAUCCGUCAUGCGCGUCCUGUUUGGCUUCUCGAGGCUUUCGAAGCCAAAGUUUUGGAAUCUGCGCCCGAAAAACGAGACAAGCAUGGCCUUCCCCCCUUGUAUUCCAAAAACUACCAGCAAUAUAUUUCAUUCUUCAACGCAACAAACCGUCUCCCCAUGAGCUGUGGGAUAUCCGCUUUUAUUUGUGGGACCCUCAAGCAUUAUUCAAACGCAUUCCCUGUCCAAUUUGCAAGUCAACACUACAACGUCACGCAAAUAUAUCAUAUCCUCGCCGAUGCAUUGAUAUUGAUUCCGAAUUCUAUCUUAUUGGAUAUCGCUAUCGUUGCAGUGUCUGCACUCAUCCAAAGUCUGGAAAGCACACUGUGA